AAAUCGGAAAGGUUAAUAAAAGGGUUUAAUCUUUCUCCUACUCGGGACAUAAAUAUCGUCGAAAAUGAUCCUUUGUUUGCUGCACCCGAACUGGUGGAAAAGAGUUUUCGAUUUCCAGGAUUGAGUGAUUAUCGAACUUAUGCCGAUGCUACAAAUGGAACCCCAAGUAUUCAAGAUUUUGGUCAUCAUGCUGGAUAUUUCAGUCUUCCAAACACAAAAGCUGCUAGGAUGUUUUAUUAUUUCUUCGAAUCAAGAAGUAGCAGAAAAGAUGCACCAGUUGUGGUGUGGUUAACUGGAGGGCCAGGAUGCAGUGGCUCUCUAGCUUUGUUCUACGAGAAUGGGCCAUUUAAAUUGACAGAUGACUUGUCUCUUAAAUGGAAUGAUUUUGGUUGGGAUAAAGAAUCCAAUCUUAUAUAUAUAGACCAGCCAACAGGAACUGGUUUCAGCUAUUCUACAUCCGAAUCCGACAUUCGAGCAACCUCAGAGGAAGCCGCUGUCGAUUUCUAUGACUUUUUACAGGCCUUCUUCAAAAAACAUCCCGAGUAUGCGAAGAAUGACUUCUUCAUCACCGGAGAGUCGUAUGCCGGACAUUACAUUCCUGCUUUUGCCAAUGAGGUUCAAAAAAGAAACAAACUCAAACAAGGGAUUCAAAUCAACUUGAAGGGGAUCGCCAUUGGAAACGGCCUUACAAAUCCGGUGAUCCAAUAUAAAGCAGAUCGUGAUUAUGCCUUGAGCACGAAAAUUAUCGACAAGUCUGAAUACAAUGACCUGAGUAGUUCAGCUUCGGAAUGUCAACAAGCAGCCCAAGCUUGCGCAAGCAAGAACAGUUCAUCAGCAUGUACUGAUGCUUACAGCACUUGCAACUCAUAUUUCAGCAGUAUUUUGGACGCCGCCGGUGGUGAUAUAAAUUACUACGACAUUCGCAAGAAAUGCGAAGGCUCAUUGUGCUACGACUUCUCAAAUGUGGAAAAGUUUCUCAACCAAAAGAAUGUCAAGGAUGCUUUAGGUGUUAAAAACAUCGAAUAUGUUUCUUGCAGCAGCGCAGUUCAAACAGCGAUGGCUGGUGACGAGUUGAAAAACUUCGCGGUCUACAUUCCUCCAUUGCUCCAAAAUGGAGUAAAGGUUUUAUUAUACGCCGGCGAAUUCGAUCUCAUUUGCAAUUGGCUAGGAAAUUCAAGAUGGGUAGAAGACUUGAAAUGGCCCGGAUAUUCAACCGCGCCAUCUACUGAUUUUAUAGUCGAUAAUAAGAAAUGUGGAUUGACUAAAGGCAAAGGACCUCUCACAUUCUUGAAGGUCUUCGGCGCCGGUCACUUGGUCCCGAUGGAUCAACCAAAAGCCUCACUGGAAAUGCUUAGCCGAUGGAUACAAGGGAAGCCUCUGUGA